CAGAAUAAAGAGCCUUGGCCUGCUAUUGAGGAGUCUCUCAGAUGUCAACUGGAAAGAGGCCCUUCGAAAACUCAGCGGACGUGAGACAGUCAGACUUCGACCGGGUCAUCGGUGGUACACCGGUUCCAAGUCAAAAGAAGGACUCGUGGGUGGGAUGGAUGGGGACAGCCAAGAAUAAUUUCAUCUGCUCUUCUACCCUCAUCAACGAUCAGCUACACCCUCACUGCUGCUCAUUGCGCGGAGUCAAACCUACUCGAGACAUUUUACGUGACCCUGGGAUCCUCGAACUUGUUUGAAUGACCGACAGGUCCAUCCAUCCAUAUUCCAUAUCCAUUGCUCCAUCCAUCCAUAUACAUCGCAGUUAUGUUUCGCAACCACCCCAAAACGAUAUCGCCCACCUGAAACUUCAGACUCCUAUGAACUUCGCCGCUUGCCCAAACAUCCGUCCCAUUUGUCUCGCCUCUGCCAACCCCAGGGCCAAUUCAAUGGUAACAAUUGCAGAAUGGGGCCGCACUUUUGGAAGUAGCAGUGCCCUCCCGAUGGCUUUGAUGGUGACGACGGUGAACGCAUUGAGUCUGCAAACUUGUCAAAGCAUUUGGGGUACUUUCUUGAACAACAACUACGUAUGUCUCCUGGUAUCUCGGAGAAACAUCUGCAAUGCCGAAUGUCCCGAGACGCACGCGAAUCGCCUGGAUACAGGAAAGGGGCGACAGAAGGUCGGUCCCAUUUCUGUUUCCGGCGGCACCGUGGAACUCGGCCUUGCGAUUCGACGAGUGAAAUCAUGGGAGAAAAUUGAAGCGAGUGUCGGGUCGAAGAUGUCGGCCGGUCGACUUCGCCGUUUCUUUCCUCUUUCGUUCAUCUUCCUCUUGGCCCGUCCUUGCACUUCUUUCGACGUCGACUCCUUGGAAAUACGCAAUUCCUCGAAAUCGUGGAACGACGCGCAAGGCUUUUGCAAUUCACAGGGGAAGGAAUUGCUGUGGCUGGAUGGCGAUGCAGCGAGGACUCUACGGAACUUCUCCGGUUCGGUUCCCAAUCCGUUCGGCUCUGGCGUCUUUUACGUCGGCAACACCCUGUCCAGCGAACAGCUGACGCAAUUUUCCUCGAAUCCUUCCCGGAGAACUCGGAAGACGCUGUGGUUUUCGAACUCGGACGUCCCCUCGACCUGCUGGAACCGGAGUCAGCCCGGAAAAGAUUCCUGCGCCGUUUUGUCCGCGAAAGGGUCAGGAUUCGUCUUGGCGACUGUCGCCUGCCAGAAGAAGUACGGCUUCCUCUGCGCAGCAAGACCCAGGGGACCGGCGUACGAUCCGAGGUCGGUCCCCGAACGUCUUCCUAAUAUCGAGAGAGUCCUGGAUCCGGAAUACAUGCAGGCGCUGGGCGUCACCGGGGGAGACUACGGGACUUCGCUCGCUGGCUGCCGGAGUCUCGGUAAGGACCUGCUGAAGAUCAGGACGCAAGAGGAUCUCCAGGCUGGGGCGCAGUUCCUCGCCGGUAAAGAAUUGUCGGGGAAAUUCUUCAUCAAGAACAACAUCCACUCUCAAAACAUCGGAGGAUACAGCGGGAGGGUUUCUCUAUGGAGCACUUACGGCGACAUCCCCAAUUCCUUGUGGAAUUCCCCGCAGCCUGGCUCUGAGCUCUGCGCCGUGAUAAAUGGCAACCAGAUCCAGACGGAAGGAUGCGAUCAGACUGACAAAGCUAUCUGCUACGGACGGCCGGCAUGUCCGAACACCUACCCAGCACCGAUCGGAGCGAUCCCCAGCUUCGAACUCUGGCAAGGCGCGGAAGACUUCGCUCCCGACGGCUCCUCCGUCACCUUCUCCUGCCCGAAAUUCCAUCGAUUCAAAGACAGAAGCCUGGAGGUCGACAUCACGUGCUCGGAUGGCGCCUGGAUCCCGACUGACAUCAGCUCCUAUUGCAUAGCCAAGUACUUGACGAACGCGGGGAAUCAGACUGUCAAUAUUCUGGAAAAUCCAGCUCCAAUCACGAUUCAAGGCGAGAGGCCAUUUUAUCGAAUACUCUUCGAUGAACCCAAGAUCAUCACCGUUGUCGAUAUCCUCCAGACGAACAAUUCUGGUUGCUACGACUUUAACAACAUCGAAAUUCGUGUCGGAGACACGGAGUUGUCCGCAAACGGAAAUUUUUCUCAAAAUCCCCUCUGCGCCUACUUCAAGGGAUACGACUCCGACAUUGCAUGCCGAUCGGUCAGGGAAAAGAUCCGCUGUUCUCAGCCACUGACGGGAAAGAUUUUAUCGAUUCAGAAAAUCCCGGGAGCCAACAGCAACGGAGGCUCGAUGGACCCACCAAACGCCGUGGCAGGCGUAGCCGGUGGUGCAGCUAAUGGGAAGAGAAAGCGCAGACAGACAAUAAACCGAAGUGGAGCAGCUCCAAAAAGAAGAAUCUCAUCCUGA